UAUAAAAACAGAGCCCAACCUUCUCUCUCUUGUCCCUUUUUUAUAUAUCCCUGCCCCUCCAUAACAAAAUAUCACAGCAUUCAAUAUACCCCAAAGGGUGAACAUUUUUCCACAUAUCCUCAUAUACAUAACCACUAUUACCACCCCCUGGCCAAAAGCCCCCAAACUCCCAAAACCCAUCAUUUAUUCGAGUUACCAUUUUGGGUGCCCAGACUGAAGAAGAACACAAAAGGGUACACAGAAAUCAACCAACUAAGCAAAACCCAGUUUCUAAUGGGUGGUGAUUGUUGUCAUUGGAGUAGUGGUACUAGUAGAACUCGUUUCUCUUCUGUGUUUCUUGUAGUUGUGAGUCUGUUCUGCGGCGGCGUGUUCCGACCGAGCCUAUCAGAUCCGAGUGAUGAAGCAUGUUUAACUCAUCUUAGCCAAUCUCUGCUAGAAGACCCGAACCACUCGUUACAGAACUGGACCAAAUCAACCUUUGCCAACCCAUGUAGCGGUUUCACUUCUUAUCUCCAAGGCGCCACCUGCAACAAUGGUCGCAUCUUCAAGCUCUCACUCACCAACCUCUCUCUCCGCGGCUCUAUAUCCCCAUUUCUUGCCAAUUGCACCAAUCUCCAGUCGUUAGAUUUGUCUUCGAAUUUCAUAGCCGGACCAAUCCCGCCGGAGCUUCAGUUGUUGGUCAACCUUGCCGUACUUAAUCUCUCGUCGAACAGAUUAUCCGGCCCUAUUCCACCGCAGCUCACAUUGUGUGCCUACCUCAACGUCAUCGACCUCCACCAGAACCUCCUGACCGGCACGAUUCCCCAGGAGCUGGGCCUCCUCGUUCGGCUCUCGGCUUUUGACGUCAGCAACAACAAGCUCUCGGGUCAGAUUCCGAGUUCUUUAGGGAACCGGAGCGGGAGCUUGCCGAGAUUCAAUGCGACGUCGUUUGCCGGGAACAAAGACCUUUACGGGUACCCUUUACCGCCCAUGAAGGCCAAAGGGCUUUCGGUUCUGGCCAUUGUUGGGAUUGGAUUGGGAAGUGGGUUGGCGAGCUUGGUGGUUAGCUUUACUGGGGUUUGUAUAUGGCUCAAAAUCACAGAAAGAAAAAUGGCUCUUGAAGAAGGCAAGAUCACUCAACUCAUGCCUGAUUAUUGAAGACCCUAAUCUAAUCCCCAUUCAAGCCAUUCAAUCUUCUAUUGGGUUAGUUUAGUUCACCUCCUCUCUGUUCUUUUUGGGAUCAGUUUGGUUUUUUUGCUCUUUAACCAUUUCGGUCACUCUUUUUUUCUUUUCUGGUUUGAAUCUCUCAACAAUGUAUGUAUAGACCCCCCCUCAGAAAUACGAAUGCUUCAGUAGAAUUAGUGCAGCAGCUAGCUCUACAAAUCUCAAUUUUUCUUUCUUAACCCUCCUUCAUAGUCUCAAUGAAGUAAUGUAAUGUGUAACCGAGACAAUAUAAUGGAAAUCUCAUUCCUCUCUGUGUUGCUUUUUACUUAAGUUCCAAACUAGCAAACUCCCGAGCACUGUAGAACACUUGGCAUCUUUUACAAUUACAACUCUGCAUUCUGCAAUGUCCAAUUGUGCAUGAGGGGCU